UCUCCUCUUGGCUGGUCGUACGUUUUGUAUCCACAGCCAAGGAAAAAGUUUGAACUAUUUUUCGCAUUUUUUGGAGCCAAAACCAUCCGGAAAACAUCCUGUAAGCGGACCACCGUAAUGUUCACCAGCGAAGAAAUCCCGCGGGGGAUAAAUUUCCUUGACCUUCCGGACUGUAUGAUCGAGCAGUUCUUCGAGUUCCUCAGCUACGACGAAAUUGCCAAAAAGCGAAUUAUUUGCAAAAAGAUCGACCGCGUUUGCCAAUCGUUGCUGAAUCGAGGUUUCAUGAAGAUGAUCAAAAGGCACAAUGCCAACCUGAAGGCCAUCAAGUCGCAGCUGCCGAGACGGGAGUCGGAGCGAAGGAAUCACCCGCUAGCGAAACAUUCGGACAUACUGACCUGUAUCGAGACGAGGAUUUCAAUGUUAUCGAUGACAUAUUCCAAGUACAUUGAUAAGGAUCUGUGCUGCUUCAUUCCGGGGAAGGUGAUAGACGAGGUGUUCAACAUACUGAAGUUGAUCGAGAGCACUUCGAAGCCGUUGAGAGCUCACGAGGUUUUGCAGGAACUGAGGGACAUUUCUUCGAUGGCGAUCGAACAUUUCGACGAGAAUAUUGCUCACAGACUGAAGCGAAUCAUGGGAGUGCACCACCCGAGUGGAAGCCACCUCCCGUUUCCCACUCCCGGAUUCAUCCAGAACGAGGUUGUACUGCCCUGUGAUGUAAACGGGGAAAAAUUGAUUCUCCCCACAUUGACUCCAAUUUCACCGCAUAAAGCUUCCCCGCAGCAGCUAUACUGUCACCAAAGCUCAUCGGCUUGCAGUGCAAGUCGAAUCAACAAUGCUUCGAUUGCCCGGAUUACCAACAAAUCCCGCAAGAUGAGGCUCACCAUCAACAAGCUGGUUGGGGCCAUGCAAAGCUCGAAGACUCUGAUGAAGCAAAUGCGUACGCAAAUCAUGCGCAACUGCGUCGAAAUCAAAGAUCUUCGCCGUCGUCUCGAGGAGUCGGAAACCAAAAACCGCGAACUGAUUGCCAACAUAAAUCAGCUCGCCUUCGGGGUGCCCUCGAGUUCGGAGCUGGCUUCCGGACCGUCGGCAUCGUCAUCCAAGACGACAAGUCGGGCGGUUGCUGCUCGUAAUAUCCAACCUCGGUCGGCGACAAUUAUACUGAAACGGGUUCUGGCAAACGCAGAAGAUCAUAACGUUCCGGUGGCUUCCAGUUCUACAGCGUCUCCGGGGGAAGGCGACGAACCAACGCCGGGAAGUUCCAAGCGAACCAGACUCGGCCAGGAUUAACUGAAGCUAUACUAAUCUCUCUCUCUAUUAUAUUGCAUAACCCCUUGAUGAAUUUACGGUACGUAGCAAACAUGGAACUCAACCUUUUUUUUUUUCGUUGUGCCGUUUCAGUUUUAUGUUCCUCCUGUCGGUUAGUUUUCUUUUGAAGUUCUAGAAUUUAGUGAGCAUCGUAUACUGCGCAAUUCGAAGGUCGACUCAAUUACGAUUAAAUUUAGAGAAACUAGUGUAAACUAUAAUAAUUAUACCUAACCGUUAGUGAGAUAGUGAGAUCUGCUAAGAGAUAGAACGAGUUGGAGAUACUCAGAAACGCAUCGAGACUGGAUGUGUUAGUUGAACUCUAACCAAGAAGCGCUAAAUUACUAAAUACGCACCUGCUGUCCGUGAAUUCACUAUUUCUUUUCUUGUCAUACUGAAUGUUGUUUCACCGCGCGUAAUACUGCAUAAGAAAUAUA